UGAAAUUCGUAAAUCGUAAACAAUUUACACAAAACGGUCUUGACACAGUCAAGAGGGGAGAUUAUUGAAAUGCAGGCGUACCUGAUCGAACCAUUGCAGUCAUCAAAACGUUUCAAAUUCUAAAAUUACUAAUGAUCUUCGAGAAUACUCUUUCGUUAAAAUUUCUUAGUUAUUUUAUACAAUUUUUAUUGAUCAUUUUAAUUCCCAGUGAUAAGGUUAUCCGUGUGACUCCUGAAGUGGAGGCUCAUCUUGCAUUUUUGCGAGGACUGGAAAAACGUAGCGACAUCAAGAUUGACUUUUGGAAAGAACCUAGUCAUCUUUUCCAAGCAGUAGACAUUGGGGUUUCGGAAGAAGAUUUCAUUACUCUGUCAUCCCUUCUGGAAGCUGAUGGUAUCGAGUACAAAGUCCAAAUUGAUGACGUGCAGAAACUGAUCGAGGGGGAACUGCAAACUGUCGGAGCGAGAGGAUUCAGUCAAAGUUGGCAUAAUCAGUAUCACGACCUUGAUGAGAUUCGCUUAAAACUGAUCCAGGUUCAAUCCUCCUACGAACACAUGACUGAGACUAUAACCCUUGGCAGGUCUCACGAGAAUAGAGAAAUGACAGCCAUUAAGAUCCGAGGAAAGAGCAGUUACAACAAACCAGUAUUUUUCAUUGAAUGCGGAAUUCACGCCCGGGAAUGGGUGUCUCCAGCCACGUGUAUGUUCAUCAUUGACGAGAUGACGCAGAAGUACGGCAAAGACUCUUCAGUGACAGCUCUUUUGGAUAAGAUGGAUUUCAUAAUAUUGCCUGUUUUAAACGUUGAUGGAUAUGCCUACACAUGGAUAGAUCCGAGAUGGAGUAAAUAUCGACUGUGGAGGAAGAACCGUCGAAAGCAUGACAGAUAUGGCUGUCAUGGCGUGGAUUUGAAUCGAAACUGGGGCUAUGGCUGGGGAGGUGCUGGGGCUAGCACAUAUCCUUGUGAUACCACAUACAGGGGCUCGACAAAAUUUUCUGAAGUGGAAACUGUUAACGUCCGUAAUUUUCUGAGCGAUCUUAACAGUGAAGGGAAGUUGAAAGGUUUUAUUGAUUUCCACGCCUACAGUCAAAUGUGGUUCAUUCCUUGGGGAUACACGAGUCUUCGAACCAAUGACUAUAAUGAACAGAUGAGAGUAGCUAAGGAGGCCGCAAUGGCUGUCGAGAGGAAACAUGGAACAAAAUUCCAGUAUGGAUCGUCGGCAGCUCUUCUUUAUCCUGCAGCUGGAGGAUCAGAGGACUGGACAUACGGCGAGCUUGGUGUGAAAUAUUCAUUCUCGGUGGAGUUGCGUGACACGGGUCGUUACGGUUUCUUACUGCCACCCGAUCAAAUCAUCCCCACGGGGGAGGAGACAUUUGAGGGGUUGAAAGCCUUGGUCAAGGCAAUGGAGCGAGCAGCUGGUGAGCGAAGCCCAUGUUGGUGAAACUGAGUAGACAAGUAAAUCCUGUAAAUUUCAAUCGCUUGGAUGACUGCCACACUUACUUAGUAAGGUGCUUCUGUCACUACGAACUGUAUCGUCUUUGCUGGCAGAUAUUUACGCUGCAGUUUGUUGUUAUGCAUUAGCCGUCUGGAUGAAUAAUGCGUCCUCUAGUAUAAAAUCAGCUAAUAUAUAUCAAACACUUGAAAGAGUGUUUCAUCAAGUACCAAACACCAUAAACUGCAUCAAAAAUACAGGGCUAUGCUGUGCUAUAAUAUGGACUCUCUUCUCAGUGUUUGAAAAUGUGUUGAAUUGUUGUCAUGUUUGUUAUGAUCUUGAAAUAGAAGUCAAAGUAAUGAGUAGAAAAACAACAUCAGGCAAUACCGGUUUCACAACUUUUUUCUCAAGGUUAUUCCGUUUAUUUACUGUUGACAUCGGCAAGAUUCAUGGCUUCCCUGACUGGUAGAAAAAUCAAAUAAGUGACAAACUCAUGAAUUAAUUGCAAAGAAAAAUCACCAUCCGGCUAUAAUUCUGUACACAAAGAAUUUUGUGGAAACAAAUAGUAUAUGUAUUUAAGGAAAAGAGAUAAAUUUUUGUAGAGUAGCACAAGCAGUACAUAUCUAGAUAUCUAUUGCUAUUGUCUUUCUGUGGUAAGUAAGAUUCUCUUGUAAAUUUGUUAACACACAUAAACCUUUUUUCAUAACACUUUUUAUUGGCCCUUUCCAAUGCCAAGAUGGUAGUAAAAGGCAAUUUAGCCAAAGCACUUUAAUUAACAUCCAUCCAGAGGUACUUAUAUCAUCCUCAGAUCUCACUUCUCUAAUGGGCAGCUUAGGAGACCCCGGAGAGGGGCCAGACAGGAAAAAAGCAAUGAAUUCAAAUCCCUUCCUCUGCAUUUAUUUGUAAAUUAGUUCUUACUGAACACAUAAUAGAUAUAACUGAUCUCCUUCACCUUUAAGAACAGUGAGGUUGAAAUUUGCAAAAUUUUAAGAAUACUUAAAGAAUAAACCUGAGGCUGAGGCUCAGCUUUUGAAAAGAA